AUGGACGAAGACGAAGACGCGUCCAUGAUGUCGGUCGACGACAUUUCGUCGUCCACGGAUCCACUCCUCGAGACGGCCGCCACCCCAGCGUCUCGCUCCGUGACACCGGCGAUUCCAGCUCGCCAACCCGCAUCGGCGCGUCGCGGUUCCCGUAGAAACCAGCAGCCCACUCCGCGAACCCAGCGAGUCCAAGCCCUUCGAGAAAGCACGCCGAGAAAGCGCAUGUUCGAGUUGGACGUUGGAGACGCGCGAUCGCCCCAGCGCCUGCUGGUCACUGUCGAAGCCGAAAGCUCGAGAGUCACUUCAAGAAGCAGUGUUAGUCGCCGUCUGUUUCAACACUCGACGCCGACCGCUCGCAGCAUCCGCGAAAGAGAAAGAACAACUUCGGUCACGGUUCCCUUGCGCGGCGUGGAGGGUGAUGACGACGAUGAGAUUACUCGACUUGGCGAGUUUGUUACACCGAGGCCGCGCGGAAGGCCACCACGAACAGCUACUCCAGGCACGGCCUUGCGCUCCGAGACACCAAAGACGACAACUCGCCCGAUGCGACCAGCGACCCCCGGAUUUCAACUGCGCGAAGCACGCUCCUCGUCAAAGGAUGUCUUGGAUUCAGAUGUCACAAUCGAUUUUAGCAAGCUCGGGUUUACACCAGGGACAAAGCGGCGGAUCAGCUUGACACCAGGGCCCAGCAGUCGUGCGCCAAAGCGGAGAAAGGGUGUUUCGUCGCCAGUAAGACAGCCUAGUCUGCUGGGUCCAGGCUCUGCGCGAAGGAAACGAGGCCGGCCGAGGAAAGAUUCAAUUGCGCACGACCAGUUUUCCGCCCUCAUAGACCGAGAUCUUACGGCGCUCAAAGAAGACGACUCCGAUCAUGAGCCUGGGCCCGAAGCGGAAUCCAGUCGCGACCAACAAGACCGAAACCGAGGUCGAGACCAGAAUCAAGAACAUACCCGUCGCGAGCACAUUUUUCAACGAGUACCGUCAAACGUCAUCUUGGGCAAUACGGGUGUUGGUGCUCCCUCAAGUGAUGCCCCUGGGCCUGAUGAGUCGGAAGGCGACCUGUGGCUGGACAACUCGUUCAAUCCACCUCAGGAUACACCGGCCGCUCGACGGUGGAACGGGGCACCAAGAGCGCAAUCCUCUAGGGUGGAACAGCUGCGACCGGAACCCGCGCGUCAACAAACGCCCCAGCUGGAAUCAGAGCUUUCGCACGGGGAUGAGUAUGUCGAGUUCGCAGACUUUGGUGGCGGCGAAUCGCAUAGCGACAUCGAAUCGGGACUCGAGGAUGACAAUGCGACCCCGAGGGAUACACCGGUUCAGCCAACAGAGACUAGGUUGCCAGGCGAAGAAUUCACCAUGAUAGACCCGUAUUCGCUACUAUCUAUGCAGCAGAAUUCGAGCUAUGUCGAGGAACAAGGGCACGGAGGAGCGCAAAACAAGGAUACCCGCGACGGAGAUACGACAAGUUUCUACAUCAGUAAGACGAUCGGGUCGUUGCGGAUAAGUCAGCAGGAAUCGGACGAGCGAUCAAGUCACAUCAGGACAAUCGAUUAUUCUGUCAAUCCCAAUUGGACGACUACACCCAGGGCACCCGUUCCCAGUUACGAUCCGCUAUAUCGAUACUCGACAGGCGAUAAUAGGGGAGAGGCCGAGGUGGUAGAGGAAGAAGAGGAAGAGGGGGAUGCGCAUGAGCGCAGCGAGUCUCUGGAAAGGCACCAGAAUCGACCAUAUCCAGGAGCGGAACAAGAUUCAGAACGGGAAGAGCAAGACCGGGACUCGCGUCGGGAUUCGCAACGGGAUCGCGAACUAGAGUCGGAACUUGCGCUCGAGCCUGGGUCCGAUGCUGGGUCAGAACCAAAAGUAGACUCGAGAUCUGAACGUGGAAAGGAGGCGGAAUCACAACAUGAGCCUGCACUUGAGCCCGAAGAAUCCGACAUAUGGUUUCAAAAAGAACCACGAAGGCGGCAACAACGAGAGCUGCGAAAGGGGAAAACACAUGAACCAGAACCCGAACCUGAGCCAGAACCCGCGUCAGAAUUCAAUACUUGGGUUCGGGCAGAACAAAGACAAGAACAUCAAUAUCGAACACAGUUGGAAUCUAGCCUUUUGCAUCAGCGGCAAGCAAAUCGAACAAGUCGACUGGAACGCGAACGGGAACUAGAACUCGAGCAAAUAGCUGGGAAUACGCCGGACUUCGAGCCCUUGCCUGAGCAGCGGUCCGAAUCACUGCAAGAACCUGAACGUGAGCCGGUUUCUGAACCUCACCUUGAGGAAGAACAGGAGCAGGAGCAGGAGCUUGAGGAUAAUCUGGAGUAUGAGCGACAACAGGAAAGUGAAGCAGAAGCACGGCAGGAACAAGCACAACAGCCCCAGUCAAGGCGGGUAAAGUCACCACACCAACAGAAAGCCCGGUCGCUUGAAAGACAACUGGAUGUAGAUGUCCGUGGUGAUGUUGGGGUGGAUUCGUCAAACCGCUCUGUGGACUAUGACCAAUGUGAAAUACAGGAAUCAAGUGUCCUAUAUCACGGCCAUCUUCGACGAGAAUCGCGAGGCGCUCUGCCACCUGAACCAUCAAGUCCGUUAUUUAGAAAAUCUCAGACAGAUGUUCAGCAUCAGACAACAAAGACAAGUAUUCAGCCCUCUGUCGAGCGGCCUUCAUCUGUGAAUAACACCCUCCCCUUACAUGCAUCGAACAGUAUUCUGACACCUGAUAAGACACCAUCUCCUGUCCCUCCAGAACCUCGCGACUACGACUUCCAGGACGACUUCGGUACUCAUGCCAACGUAGAGGCAGACAUCGACGACGCUGAGCUUAACGAUGAUGAGCAAAGACAGCCCACCGAGUCUACCGAGCCCACUCCAGACGAUGAAAUGCCUUCCUCUCCCCCAACUGGAAGUUUUUCUCGACACGAGCAGCAGCGCCCCGAACCUCCAUUAUGCCGAGUCAGAUCCAACUCGAACGAGACCCCGGCCGACCGACUGACAUCUUUGGCCCCGCCAGGUCUUCCGGCACUUAACCCUCAGAACUUGAUGCCCCCACCUGACUCACAAAACCGGCCGGCUCUAUCUCCAAUCAUCAGAGCUGGUGAAGCACUGCAACAGGUAACCUCGGACCCUCCGUCGCCUCCAGGUAUGGGAAGCUUUCUGCGCAGUCCCUUCCGAGGGGUGCCUGAGGUCAAAGACAGCCGAUCACCCUCACCGUCGGCCUCCAGAGCUUCUCAACUCCAGCCUCAAUCCCAACCGCAGGCUCAACCCCAAUCUCAGCCGUUGCCCCAAGCCCAGUUUGAGAAUGCCCGUAAUCAGCCUGAAAGAUCUGGAUUCGGCUUGUUUGGCUCGAUAAAAAAUCUGGUAGCCCAAGGAGCGCAAGUUUUAUCGCCACGGAAUGCUUCGAGGCAGGCUUCCAUUAAUACCGGGGAAAGCUCCAGACAAGCAUCAGCCACUGCUGGCGCGACUAGUUCCAUGGACAUCGCCAUGGACGACCCGUUUGGUCCAGAUCCACCCGGUUCUUCUAGAGGAAGCACCGGGCGCAACUCGCUCUUUGGCAGCAGGAUGAGCAAGCGCGAUUCCGGUAGUCAAGACGCCAGUGGCACUGCUAGUGCCAGUGCCAGCUUCGAGAAACAAUCUCAGGCCAGCGCUAGCCUUGAGAGACAAAGUCGCGCGAGUAGCAGUUCUGACAGGCAGGCUCAUGGUUACAAUGGAUUUGGAAGGCAGUUUGAAGGUAAUGCUGGCUUUGACAGGUGGAGUCAAGUUAAUGCUGGCACUGGCAGUCAACGCCAAGUCUUCGGCGAACCAUAUGCUCAAGGCAGCACCGCCGGCUUUGAAAGAUCGGCACAAGCGGACGCUAAUCUUGGUGGACGAAGUCAGGCCAAUACCAGCUUUGACCGACAAGCCGAUGCAAGCACAAGUUUCGGCAGAUCUCAAGUUCAGGCUAGCAGCAGCCAUGCCAUAAAGCAACCUUCAGUGACUACCAAAUUUGACAGACAGCGUCAAGCAAACAACAGCUUCGAACAUCAGGAAGCUGAGGCUAGCACUACUAACGACAGACAAGCCCAAUCCGAGACGAGCUUCGCGAGCCAACGUCAAGCGAGCACCAGUUCUUCCACCCGACAACCUCAAGCCAACCCCACCUUCGGCAGCACCAAAAGGGCUGCUUCCUCCAUCUCCGAGCCCGAGCGCGAACGCGAACAGCGCGAGCAUGAACAUGAGCAUGAAGCCAUGGACUGGCAAGCAGAGGAAUCCAGUCACAGUCACGAAAUCAACGUGACCCGUGACAGGUCCGCCUCCGCUAGCCUUGGUUUUCACAACAGCAGCAGCCAUCACAAUAGCUCUGGAGAACGAGAACAUACUGCUACUCGAGAGGAAAACUCUACUCGGAGAUCAGGAUCAGUCCAAAAAGAUCAUGAUCAUCGGGAGCCUUCCGAACCCGAAGCUCAUCGUGAUUAUAAGAAAGUCGUUGAGGUGGAAACGGUCACAGAGGAGAGAGAGGAAGAAAGAAUCUGGGGAUCCUACGGAGGUGAUGCCAGGGCCAGGUCCAGCUUCAGGGAGAGUAGUAGUAAUAGUGAUUCUGGCAGGAGACAUGGACGGCCGGAACACUCUACCUUGAGAAGAUCAGUAGGAGAAGAGCGAGAGCAGGAACGGGAAAGGGAACCAAAGGCUCGCUUUAGGGAAAGCGUCGAAGUCGAGACGGUGACUGAAGAAAGAGAGGAAGAGCGGAUUUACGGAGGAGGUGAUGCCAGGUCUAGCAGCUUCAGGGAGAGUAGUCAUUCUUCUAGGAGACACGGACAUGGACGGGAUGGUCACCGACAUGGUUCUUCUCGGCACAGGUCUUCGGAAGAGCGGGAGACGACAAGGGAAGAACGGGAACGAAGCGAAGCAAGGGAGCGGGGAAGGAGAGAGGUGACGGAGGAGAUCGUAGAAGAAGUCCGGGAGGAGGAGUAUGAGCAUGGGAGCGAACACUGUCACUCGGGUGGUCGUCCCUCGAGUGGUCGUGAGGAGGUGGAGAGCUACCGACAUGGGAGCUCCCGUUCUGACCGAUCUGACCGAGGUAAAGCCUCGUCUUCUCGACAAAGGUCGGAAGAGCGAGAGACGAGGGAAGAUCGGGAAAGGAGAGAACAAGGGGCGAGAGAGGUGACCGAAGAAAUUAUGGAGGAGGUCCGGGAAGAGUAUGAGCAUGAGAGCGAACACUACCGCUGGGGCGGUCAUGGUGAGGAGAACCGCCGACAUGGGUCCUCCCACUCCAACCGAUCCGACCGAGGUAAAGCCUCGUCUUCUUCUUCUGGGGAACGUGGUCACCGCCAGCGAAGUUCUGGCGAACGAGAAGCGAGGGAAGUGCGCGAGAUGACAGAAGAAAUCGUGGAGGAGGAGCGGCAUGAGUAUGAAGAGGAAAGAGGAGGCCGCCGUUCUAGUCACGUUGAAGAGAGUCAUCGCCACUGGUCACGCGGGCCGCGCGGGUCGCAGUCCAGCCGAGCUAGCGAUUCUAGGCAAAACGACCACAUGCGCGGCUUAAAGGAACGGGAUACCAGAGAGGUGACUGAAGCCGAGGACGAGCGGCAUGAGUAUGAAGAGGAAAGAAAAGGGCAGCACUCGGGCUUUGUGGAAGAAAGCAGUCAGAGACAAGAGUCCCAUUCCGGCCGAGGCGGAGAUUCCUGGCGGCGUGACCACCAGCGAAGUUCGGCAAAGCCAAAGAGGAGAGAGUCGGAGGAAGCCCGAGAUGACUUUGCAAAGGAAGGUCAAGAGCAUCGGGCGAGUCGUGGUUCGGAGACAAGUCGUCAACGCGAGUCGCUCCUUGGGCGUGGCAAGACUUCCUCGCGAAGUGAUCAACUGCGAGGCUUGGGAGAGGCUCAAGCGACUGAAGUGGAAAGGGCACGCCAUGAUGACUUUACCGAACGUGAAUACUACAAUACUCCUCAUGCGGAAGAGAGCCAUCAACGUGAAGAAUCUCCGCUUGAACAUCGAAGAGACGAGCACGAGCACGAGCACGAGCAAGACCACCGGGAGGAUUAUAUGGAGGAAGAAGAAGAGGGCCAUCACCAAGCUCAGCAAGGGGAACAAGCAAGGGAGCAACAUGAAGAGGAGGAAGAGGAGGAGGAGGAUCUUUUCCUCCUCGAAGCCAUGCGUUCAUCUCCCGCAGUCAAAGCCAAAUCCACCCUAAAGGAGAACGAUCCUGCCAGCUUCCUUCCCUCAACUCAUCAGCUCCAGCCUAGCUCCCGCUGGCAUUCCAACAAGAGUCAAAUGGUUCGGGAUCAGUUGAACACAGCCGCAGACAAGAGUGAUGAGCUGGAAGAGUUUAGCCUCCUUCAUUCCAGUCGGGCCAAGAAGUUCCGGCCUGCGUUGAAGCCCGUUCCGAACAAGAAAGCGAAUCUCUCGAGCUUCUUCUCGUCGCCUGCACCUAUUCCGGAAAUCAGUUUACAGGGUCCAGAGGGUAAUGCUUCUCUUCGACCUGGGCCCGAAGUGCUCGAUAGGCAAAGUCAAGCCAAUGGCAAGGUGUCAUCUGGUCCGGGAGCCCUUUCGGAGCGGUCACAGACUCUUCCUACAGGUCAGGAAGCUGAGAGGAAGCUUGGAACGACUCCCACAGGCCGCGUUCCAUCAUCUCAGCGUCUCUCUGUGCCAGUUUCCCAAAAGCCGUUCCAGCCUUCACCUCUGGGUACAGCGCCCGUGUUAUCAGGGCAAUCCUCCCGACCCUUGCAACCGGCACAACGUGUACUUCGACACUCUUCCUCCAUCAUCGGUUCCUCUUCACCACCACAGUCUGGCAGCAUCUACACCCCGGUCCCGCAGAAACAGAACUUCACUCCAGUGCGACGCGAACCAGGCGCUAAGCUCCCCUUGUUCGAACGGGGCGGCGGGACUAAGCCCAGCACUGUCACGACCUUGCCUCUCAAAGACAACGACUCAGGCUCAGGCACCACUCCGAAUUCGAUAACUGACAAACCUAAGCAGUUGCUCUUUGGUCUUAAGGAGUCCAUUUCCAAGCUGUUCUCGGACCCGCCCGCUAAGAGCGUUGAGUACGGACCGGAGAACGACAAUGAAGAAGAGCAAGAGCCUGAAGAAGACAUGGACGACUAUGACGAGAUAGUGGAACUCGAGGAAGAACAAUCAUCCACCGAGGAAAGCUUCGAACCACCUCCGCUUCGAACUCUACCCGACAAGAACUCUUCCCCUAUCAAGUCUGCCUUGCGACCGCCGACCAAGGGCCAUACGCCCGGCCGCGCGGUGCAGUUUGCCAACAGUGUCCGACAGUCGCCUACUCCUCGGCGCAGCGCAGACGUCCAACAGAGGCGGCCUGUAUUCGGGGGCCGUUCCACUCCUGUGAUUAUCACCAGCUCGCCCAGUACCCACACGGAGAGCAGUCCUGUUCCUAGUCCUGCGGGCUCGGAGAGGAUUGAGGAGAAUGCGCCUGGGGGGUAUGAGGAGGAUUACCAGGACGAGGAACAGCAUGAACUGGAUGACGCGGCGGAUACGGACAUGGACAUGGACAUGGAUGAUGAUAUUGAAUGGUACGAGCAUAAACCGGCGCCAGCACCAGUAGUCCAAGCACCAAGACCUGCGCCUCCAUUCCCUCGCCCACUGAGCCCUGGACGAGGACGGCAACGGCAGCAGCAACAGCAACAGGAAUUACAACCACAACAACAACAACAACAAUCACAAGUUGCUGCUGCACCACGUCAACCACCAGCAGCACAACCGCCGCUCAUCAAACCUACAUCCACCCUCGAAAACUCCCCCGUCAUCCGCUCGGGCGUCUCUCUCUUUGGCUACGGUCGCCGCAAAUCACUACCGCCUCCUAUUCCGCCUUCCAACCGUAACAUCGUCACGCCUCUGCAGCCGCUUUAUCCCUCUCUCCCACCAGUUUCCUCUUUCGGGCAGCAACAACAACAACAAAAACAAUCCUCUCAGCCAUCAACCUCGACCUCAACCUUGACCUCUCAACACCAUAACGGCCAAGCCUCCACCGCUGCUUCCACCGCUGCUUCCACCGGUACUUCCACCACCACCACAUCUCACCACCACCAACAAGAACAACACCUCCCCCCACCAACCCACCUCUGGAGCACCUCCCACUGGGACAUCCUCUCCUCCGUCAUCCACGCCCACCGCGCCCUCCAAUCCCAAUCCCAAUCCCAAUCCAAAGGCAAAGGCAAACAACGGGCCGCCGCCCCCACCCAUCUCUACUACCCUCACUCCCCCACCCUCUCCUCCUUUCUGCACCAAACGUACCGCCCCUCCCCUCAACAAACCACCUACGACCCCGUCACGCGUUUACCUAUUGACGAGUCGGUGGUGAUUGAGCAAUGGCAUUUGGACGUCGUGUACGAGUUUCGGGAGAUGUUUAGACGGGCUUGGGGAACGGAUGAACUUUACGGGGGUGUUUUUGCGAUGGAUGAACAGGAAAAGGGGGGGUGGAGUGAGGGGGAGUUGGUCAGACGGGUGUAUGCGUUUUUGGUGGGGGAGAGGAGGAGGAGGGAGGGACGGGUUGAUAGGGGGAGGAGAAGAAGGGGGAGGGGGGUCGUUUGUUAG